GGGCGGCCAUAAAUCACGGCGGGCAGAGCCCCCGCCCCGCCCCGGGGCUGCCUGCCGGCCGGCCGGGGGGGGCGGUGGUUGUGGGGUGGGGUGGUGGGGAGGGGGGGGGGGCCAGGCAGAGCCCCCGCCGUUCCCACCGCCCCCGGCCCCGGCGCCUCGCAGAUGUGGCGGAGCCGCCCGCUGGCCCCACGGCGGGGGGGGGCCCUGCGCCGAGCCCCGCGCUGAGCCGCCCGCAGCCCCCUGCCCGCCGCCGCCAUGCAUUCGCUGGACGAGCCGCUGGACCUGAAGCUGAGCAUCUCCAAGCUGCGGGCUGCCCGGGACAAACGGGAACGGGGGGGCCCCCCCCGGCCCCCGACCCCGCGGCCCCAGCCGGGGUUCGGCACGGGGGGGGCGCCGGGCAGGACCGACCCCAGCCUCCUGGCACACUCCAAGCUGCUGGAGAAAAGGGACGGGCGCUUCCCCCCCCUGCCCGUCAUGGACCUGAGCCUCUCGCCCCCCCCCGGCGGGGAGUCCCCGGGGGGCAGCGCCCCGCUGUCCCCCGAGCGGCCGGGGGCGAGCGACCUGCCCCUGCCCACCGCCCCCCACGAUUUCCAGUCCCUGCGCUACAUCGAUGGCAUCCCCAGCUCCUUCCAGUUCUUCCUGCCGCUCGGCGCCGGGGGGGCCCUGCACCUGCCCUCCUCCGCCUUCCUGCCCCCCCCCAAGGACAAGCGCCUCUCCCCGGAGCUGCCCCUGCCCAAACAGCUCGUCUGCCGCUGGUCCAAGUGCAACCAGUUCUUUGACCUCCUGCAAGACCUCGUGGACCACGUCAACGACUUCCACGUCAAGCCCGAGAAGGACGCGGGGUACUGCUGCCACUGGGAGGGCUGCGCCCGCCACGGCCGGGGCUUCAACGCCAGGUACAAGAUGCUGAUCCACAUCCGGACGCACACCAACGAGAAGCCGCAUCGCUGCCCCACCUGCAACAAGAGCUUCUCCCGCCUGGAGAACCUGAAGAUCCACAACCGCUCGCACACAGGCGAGAAGCCCUACAUCUGCCCCUACGAAGGCUGCAACAAGCGCUACUCCAACUCCAGCGACCGCUUCAAGCACACCCGCACCCACUACGUGGAGAAGCCCUACUACUGCAAGAUGCCGGGCUGCCACAAGCGCUACACGGACCCCAGCUCGCUCCGCAAGCACAUCAAAGCCCACGGCCACUUCGUGUCCCACGAGCACCAGGAGAUGCUCAAGGGCCAUCCGCCCCCCAAGACCCCCCUGGGCUCGGCGGACGUGCCCUACGUCAACGGGGCGCAGCUCGUCAUCCCCAACCCCGCCGCCCUCUUUCGCCCCCCAGGGUUGCCGGGGCUGCCCAUCCCGCUGGCACCGGCCCCCCUCGACCUGAGCGCUCUGGGCUGCGGGGCGGGGGGCUCUGGGGGCUGCCCUGCCCUGCCCGGCCCCGCUCUGCCCCUCAACGGCGGCCCCUUGAACUUGGCCAAGAGCCCGCUGCUGUCCUCGCCCUUCGCGGCCGGGGGCCUGGGGCUGCCCGUCAUGUCGCUGCUGGCCGGCGGGGCCAAGGUGGAGGCUGAGAAGGCGGCGGGGGGCAAGGGGGAGCAGGGGCCGGAGAGCCGCAAGCCGGGCGGCGAAAGGACGGAGCUGGGGCGCCUGCGGGCCCCCCCCGAGAGCCUGGCGCUGCUGCCGGGGGCCGUGCUCGACCUCUCGGCUGGUAUCGGGGCAGCGGGCAGCCCCCCCGAGGCGCUGCCCCCCGGCUGGGUCGUCAUCCCCCCCGGCUCCUUGCUGCUCAAGCCGGCCGUGGUGAAUUGAGGGGCUCGGCCCCGCUCCCGGAAUCGGGGCGGGGGGGACACGCGCCGAGACCCCCGGCGCUGCCUCCGCCGGCAGCGGGCCUGCGCACGAUUUUAACCUUCACGAAAGAAGAUGGGACUCUUCUGAGAAUAGCAAUAAUCCCUCGGCGCACGCAGCCGGCCGCGACCCCCUGCUGCUGCCCGGCCUGAGCCCCACGGCCCCACGGGGUGGGCCUGGGGGGGGGCCCUGCUCCGUGCCCAGCCCCGGCCUCGGCAGCUGGAGACGCCGCUAUUUAUUUAUCGACCAGACCCCUGCUCCGACGGGGCCCCUCUUGGGCUCUUCUGCUGUCGCUGACUUGGCGUCUCCCUGCCCGGGGCUGCUGUGUGGACAGCAGGGUGGCAGCUCGGGGGGCUGCUCCUGGGUGCCCGUCCCCAAAACGCCCGCUCCUCGGCUGGGCCACCCCGCGCCGCCUCCCCGGCCCUCCCCGUGACAAGGCACACGGCCGCGUGUGCCGCUCGCCGCGCCGGCUCCGCACCGGGGCAGAGCCACCUGCGUUUAGCUAUGUUCAUACCUAACCGUGUAACGAAGCGCAUGCAGGCAGCGCGGGCAGGGCUGCGGGCAGCUGCCAGCGGCACCUUGGCACCGUGCGGCUCGGUGCUGCGUGGCUCGGUGCCGUGCCGGCUCCCUGGGGCCCCAACGGGGCGGUGUUUUCUCCUGGCACAGCCGGGGCACCCUGCCUGGCAGGAGACCCACAGGGUGUCCUGCCAUGGGGUAUGCCAGCCCCAUGCCGUGGGGCAGCGCCGGUGCACCAGGCGUCGUGGCUAAAAUAGAGAUUUUGGGCAGCCCCGGCAUGGCUGGGCAGACAGGGCACCCGCUCAGCUCUGCCAGCAGCACCACGAGGCAGGAGCCUCGGGGAUGGGGACCCCACGGAGGUGCCCUGAGGCCCCUUGAGCUCCAUCCCUGCUCCCCCAGCCCCGACCCUCCCUCUCUGAGGGACCGCUCGCACUCACCCGGGGCCACGACCCCCCCCAGCACGGGGGCCAGCUCUCCCUGACCGCUCCCAUGGCACUGGUGCCUCUCUCGCCCCGGUGCGCACAGGGGGGUCCUGCGUACCUCGCCCCGCCCCGGGCAGGACCCCUGCCCACGGCUUUCUCCGAACCGGGGGUCUCCCUGACCCUGACCCAGCUGCAAGGAGCCCCCCCAAAGGCCCAGGCUCGGGGAGGGUCGGGUCCCCCGGCCGCACGCCCACGGGGAGCCGGUCUCCCCGUGCUCACCGUCCUCGGGCCGGGGCGCGGCGGCCACCCGGCACUGCCACAGCAUGGCAUUCGGCCAUCGACCAGGCCUCCCCGGCCGGUGUACGUUUUUCUUGCUCGUUUGUUGGUUUGUUGUUGCACAUUCCAGGACAUCAGUAUUUUAACGGUCUCUAAGUGCCUUUCUAUUGUAGUUUCUGGGUUGUUUUUAUUUUCCUCCUGUUGGGCUCCAUCGCUGUUAGCAUAGAGUUUAAGGACUACAGAAGUAAGAGAUAAGCUAACGACUAUAACACUAUAUUCCUCCAUGGGAGAGGAAGUUUAUUAA